AUGACGUACCAACUUGUAGGAGUCGCUGCCCUGGCGGUAGCAUUCCUGCUUUAUAAAUUCGCGUACCAAACGGAUAUUCCUGAGAUCAAGAAUCUGCCCACGAUUCCCGGUAUCCCGAUUUUCGGUAAUCUCUUCCAGCUAGGUACUGACCACGCUCGCGUUGCCGCAAAAUGGGCGAAGAAGUACGGCCCCGUGUUCCAGACUCGGCUGGGAACGAAGAGGGUUAUCUUCGUCAACUCGUAUGAUGCUGUGCGCUACUUCUGGAUCAAGAACCAGUCCGCCCUCAUCUCUCGCCCAAUGUUCCAUACCUUCCACUCCGUCGUUUCCACCUCCCAGGGCUUCACCAUCGGCACCUCGCCCUGGGAUGAGUCGUGUAAGAAGCGGCGCAAGGCCGCGGGCACCGCCCUCAACCGCCCCGCCGUCCAGUCUUACAUGCCCAUUCUCGAUCUCGAGUCCACUGCUAGCAUCAAGGAGCUCCUUGAGGAUUCCCGCCGACCUCGACCCGACCCCUACUUUGCCCGCUUCGCGCUCAACACUUCCCUCACCCUCAACUACGGCUUCCGCAUUAGCGGCAAUGUCGACAGCGCUCUCCUUAAGGAGAUCACCAUGGUCGAGCGUGAAAUCUCAAAUUUCCGCUCCACCAGCAACAACUGGCAGGAUUACGUCCCACUACUGAGGCUAUGGGGUGCGCAGAACCCGAAAGCCAAGGAAUUCCGUGACCGUCGCGAUAAGUACUUGUCCGACAUGUUGGCUGACCUGAAGGACCGUAUUGCCAAGGGCACCGAUAAGCCUUGCAUCACGGGCAAUAUCCUGAAGGACCCAGAUGCGAAGCUAAAUGAAGCUGAAUUGAAAUCUAUUUGCCUCACAAUGGUCUCUGCUGGUCUCGACACGGUCCCCGGAAACCUUAUCAUGGGUCUCGCCUACCUUUCGACUGACCACGGCCAAGAGAUUCAGGAGAAGGCUCUUCAGCAGAUCCAAGAAGUUUACCCUAAUGGCGACGCCUGGGAAAAAUGUCUUGAGGAAGAAAAGGUCCCCUACGUCACCGCGCUCGUCAAGGAGACUCUGCGCUUCUGGACCGUCAUUCCCAUCUGUCUCCCCAACGCUUGGGCUGCCGACUACGAUGAUAAACGUUUCGCCUCUCCGUCUGAAUUCCAACCCGAGCGCUUCCUCGAUGAUCCGGAGGGCGGUACCCCCACUACGCCUACGGUGCCGGCUCGCGCAUCUAACCGCGAGCUCUUUACCGCUUAUGUCCGCCUCAUCACCGCUUUCCGGAUCGCCCAAGCCACCGAGCCCCGAGACCGCCCCGUCAUCGAUGCCAUCGAGUGCAACAGCGUCCCCACGGCACUAACGACGGAUCCUAAGCCCUUCAAAAUUAGCCUCAAGGCGCGGGAUGAGCCCAUGCUAAGGAAGUGGAUUGCAGCGGCGGAAGAGAGGACAAAUCAUCUUUGA